AUGUGGGACCCGUGCUAUAGUUCAUCAACUGUGCAACAGACCGGGCCCCUUCCCGGCGAUGAUGUGCAGAAGCAUGCCGACCAGGCGCAGGCCUUCCAGGUCACCUACUGGUACCCAGUCACGACCGAGGACGGUCAAAGUUACUACUGCAACUGGGAGACAGGCGAAACAGCUUGGGACGUGCCUUGUGGUGGCAAGGUGACAGUCGGCGGGCAAGACUUGAAAGACACAGAUCCGGUGGCGGAUUUUGCGAACAACCCAUGGUGCAUCGUUUUCACCAGCUGCCGCUCCAAAUUGCUUGAAGCUGCGAAGGCAGCUAUGGAGUCCGAGGAGUACAAGGAGGCUACCAGCCACUUGCAUGACCUGGUGCAGCAGCAUUCAGAUCUCACUGACGACGAGUUGCAGCUGCUAAGCCUCUCGCUUCCACAAGCGCCGGUCUUGGAAGAGGUCUUUGGAGCUACUGCGGUUUCAUUUCAGAAUUUCGGCAGAGCUUUCAUGGCCUACAACCGCAGAAACCAGCGCCGGGUUCAGAACCAGAGCUUUGAAGAAGUUCUCACCUGCGGAGACAUGCAGUUCAGUCCCAGCUAUUCCGUUGAUGUGGUCGCUCGCGAGGAAGGGAGCGCUACGACGGAGGCGGUCGAGGUAGAGGCCUUCUGCCUCGAGGAGAGGCUCCUGCCCCAUUCGCGCGGUCACGAGCGCCUUGUGUAUGGGCGUCUUGCAGGCGAUUACUAUCGCUACUUGACAGAGCUUGGGGGUGACGAAGCGGAGGAGAGAAAGCGGCGUGGUCACCAAGCUUACGAAGCCGCCAUAGCCGUGCAAGAGGACGUCCUCGUAAAGAACUAUUCCGUGUUCCUGCAUGGCUUGGGAGAUGAAGAUCGUGCAAUUGCUGUUGCGAGGACGGCUUUCGAAGCCUUUCGAUUGCAUGUACUGCGGGCAUGA